CUGCUAGACCACUACAACCGACCGCGAAACGUCGGCUCCAUGUCCAAGGCCGACACCGACGUCGGUACCGGCCUCGUCGGCGCCCCCGCAUGUGGUGACGUGAUGAAGUUGCAGAUCCGCGUCGACCCCAACAACAACACCAUCAGCGACGUCAAGUUCAAGACCUUCGGCUGCGGCAGCGCCAUCGCGAGCUCCAGCUACCUGACCGAGCUGGUGCGCGGCAUGACGCUCGAGGACGCUGCCAAGAUCCGUAAUACCGAGAUCGCUAAGGAACUGUGCCUGCCGCCUGUGAAGCUGCACUGCUCCAUGCUCGCCGAAGACGCCAUCAAGUCCGCCAUCUCAAACUACUACACCAAGAACCCGAACGCGCGGAAAACAGACCUUGGCGGCACCGGCUCGUCGCUGCCCAAGAUCGAGGUUGAGACGGUCACAGAGCCCAAGGCUGCGACUGUAUAA